AUGGAUUCAAUGGAGAACCAGCAGCUGCAAGGAGACGAGUCGUCGUCGUCGCACGCGCUCCCCAGCUUCCCCUACUUCGCCGUGCCGUCGCCGCCGUAUGCGCCGCCGCCGAGCUUACCGUUACCACCAUCGGAUGACCAGCACAGUACCCUCAUCACAGCGCUCCGGCAGCAACCGUUGUCGGCGUGCAAUAACGACGACCUUCCUCUUCAGCUGGGGCCUGAUCAGCUAGCGGCGGCGGCGGCUGCGUUGGCGCCGAUGGUUCUCCCGCCGAUGGUGGACUGGUCGGCGCUGCUCCAGCAGGCCAGCUUGAUGGGGCCCCUCGUACCGGGACUACUGCAGCAAGCGGCGCCUCUGGAGCCGUUGGACCAGAGCGGGGAGAACGACGGCGGCGACGCAGGGAGUAGUAGUAGCAGCAAGGAGAAGGCGGCGAAGGGCGGCGGCGGCGGCGCGGCCGGGAGGUCUGGGAAGAAGAAGGCGAGCAGGCCGCGGUUCGCGUUCCAGACGAGGAGCGUCAACGACAUCCUGGACGACGGCUACCGGUGGAGGAAGUACGGGCAGAAGGCCGUCAAGAAUAGCGAACACCCCAGGAGCUACUACCGGUGCACCCACCAUACGUGCAAUGUGAAGAAGCAGGUGCAGCGCCUGGCCAAGGAUACGAGCAUCGUGGUCACUACUUACGAGGGCGUCCAUAACCACCCCUGCGAGAAGCUCAUGGAAGCGCUCAGCCCCAUCCUCAAGCAGCUCCAGUUCCUCUCGCAGUUCUAA